CACCAACACCAACACAACGCUUACCAAAUUUCCCACCUUUUUUUUUUUUUUAUUUUGGGCUCCCCCCUACCAUCUCCAUUCCUACUGUCACCAAAAAAAAGAAUAAGGAAAAUAGUACAGAGGGUAGGAAUUAGGAAGGAAUCAACAAUCAACUAUUUUCUUUUUUUUUAUUCCCUUUCCUAAACAAGUAGAGAAAGAGUUGUUUAUUCAAUUUUUUUUUAUUUUCAAUUCUCUCUGGAAAAAAAAGAAAAAUUUAAACUUGAAAUCUCUCUCUCUCUCUCUCCCCUCCUCCCCUGUUUUGUCACCUUCUUGUUUGUAUGAUCUGCGUUCUACCCUAAAGCAUGACAAAAACUUGUUUUUUAGCUCCCAGAGCUUUUACUCCCUUCUCCCCUCCCCUUUUGUGAUCUGUAAAUCGCCCUCAAACUAUAAAAAUCCCAUCUUUUUCCUCUCUUUUAGGUGGAUUCGUAGUUUAAAGGCUAAAAAAGAUACAAUUUUUAGCCACCCCUCUCCUCAAAUGACUUGGCUUUACUUGGUCCCAAACCCAGGAAGAAGAAGAAGAAGAAGAAGAUGACCGUUGUAGCUUUCCCCACUAGUUUGAAGAGGAACUCGGCGCCGUAUUCUUCGUCCCAAAUAUCCCCUCCAACGCCGAUUUCUUCUUCUUCUACAUCUGUGAGGUUCCUCAUAAAGAAGCACUCUUCCUCUUCCUCCUCUUCCUCCUCUUCGUUCCGCGCAAAUCACCGCCGCAACCCCGCGGCCUCCUCCGAAGGCCUGCAGCGGCAGCUGCAGCAGCUCUUCCACCUCCACGACUCCGGCCUCGACCAAUCCCUCAUUGACCUUCUCCCCAUCUUCCCCUACCGAGAGAUCCUCGGCCCCAAAGAGCCGUUCGAUUGCGCCGUGUGCUUGUGCGAAUUCGCCGCCGAGGAUCGCCUCCGCUUGCUGCCGCUCUGCGGCCACGCGUUCCACCUCAGCUGCAUUGACACAUGGCUAUUGUCGAAUUCGACGUGCCCGCUCUGCAGGGGGGUGCUCUUCGCUCCUGACGACGCGGUCGAGAACCCGAUCUUCGAUUUCGGGUAUUCGAGUGCAGAGGUUUUGGAGCAGGACGAGGAGAUCGGUUGCGAGAAGCGGGUGUUCUCCUUAAGGCUUGGCAAGUUCAGGAAUUUGAGUAAAAGAGACAGCGGCGAUGGCGACGGCAAUGGCGAUGGCGCUGAGGAUGGUAAUGGGGAUCCUACUGCUAAUAAUAAUAUUGUGAGGAGAGAGGAAGGAGAGAGUAGUAGUAGUAAUUUGGAUGCAAGGAGAUGCUUCUCCAUGGGUUCUUAUCAGUAUGUUCUUGGGGAUUUUAAUCUCAGAGUGGCUCUACAAAGCGGUGGAAAUACGAAUUCGGCGAGGAAUGAGGUUUCGGAGGGGAAGAGGAUAUGUGUUGGGAGCAAAGGUGAUAGCUUUUCGGUGUCGAAGAUUUGGCAAUGGUCUAAUAACAAGGGCGGGAAGUUUCCCGUAAUCUCUUCUUCGGAUGCUUCGUUCGUCGGAGAGAGCUCGCCCCCGAUGGGGAGGAGGUACGGAGAUUCGGUAAACGUGCGUGAACUCUCAAGAGUUUAAGCUUUUCACUUAUUAGUGGUGAUUGUUCAAUUGCUUAAUCUCUAUUCAUAGAUUUAGCAAUUUAAGCUGAAUUUGUUUGUCUUUUAUAUUUAGUUAUAGAAUGCUUGGGUGGCGGAAAAGAUGUUCUUAUAACUGAUUGUUGAAAUUAAAAGGUUCUAUGACAGUUUACUUUAUGAAAGUUCCAUAUUGGUUA